CGAAUAGUCCUGCAACCGAUAAGACAAUGGAUUUGGGGGAAGGAGGAGCGACGCCUGUCAUACUGGCAGACUGGUUGGAUCGCCUGCUGUCUUCAUGGCACGAUUAUAGAGUCCCAGUGUACUCGGCGGUCGCGUUGUCUUGCCUUCUCUUUUGGCUAUACCGCAGGCGGCUUCGCACGACUCAAGCACGCACAUCUUCGGACUGGCUGGAUGGGAAACAUAAUAUUCCUUUGCCGACGACAAAUGGCAACCCAUCCCUCGAAAACGGGCCUCAGCCUGCAGCGGGCACGAACCGAAAGCCUCGUUACUCUGCGCCGAAGGUGGUGACUGGUCGCAAACCCAGCCCCAGAGGCGGCGGCAAAGGAUCCCAAGCACACGAUGAGCCUCUACACAUACAGCCCUUGGUCUUUUAUACCUCACUGACCGGCACGACGGAACGUCUCUCGAGGUCGGUGCUUGCAAAGCUGGAGAGCCUGCCGACCGUGCAGUCACUAGUCCUCAAACCCCAGCUACACGAUCUCUCGUACGUGGACCUCGACGACUACUUCAUCUCGGGACCAAAGACUCCCAAAUCCGAUACGAACGUGCGAUACUUCUACAUCCUCCUCCUACCAUCCUAUGACAUCGACACGAUAUUGAACACGUUUCUCGACCAUCUCGACGAGACACACAACGACUUUCGCAUAGACACUGCGUCCCUCUCCAGUCUUGCAGGAUACACCGUCUUUGGAAUCGGCGACAAGAAUGGUUGGCCUACUGAAGAAGCUGGGUUCUGUUCACAAGCCGUGGAAGUCGACAGGUGGAUGUCCAAGCUGACCGGGAGUAAGAGAGCAUAUCCACUGGGUUUGGGAGACGUCAAAGGCAGUAUUGAACAGACACUACAAGACUGGACUGCCGGGGUGUGUGAUGUACUCCAGGAGCUCAGUGUCACCGGUGGGCUGGGCGAGGGCGUUCCUGGCAGUGGAGAUGCCGUAGAAAGUGCAGAUGAGGACGACAGAGAUGAAGAAGACAUGCAGGAAGACGUCGACUUUCCUGAUUCCGGGCGGAACAAGAGGAGGAAACUCAGGAACACCACCGAUUUGGAAGACGUAGGUGGUAAAGGAACGACAAUGGCGGUUGAUUUCACUACCUAUUCUAGCUCCCCGGCAGCGGUCGCUCCUUUGAAAGCCAUGGUGCCCAAGGAGUCGCCCACAUACACGGCCCUUACGAAACAAGGCUACACCAUUGUCGGCAGUCACUCGGGCGUCAAGAUCUGCCGAUGGACCAAGUCAGCACUCCGUGGUCGUGGCUCGUGUUACAAAAAUUCCUUCUACGGCAUCGCUUCGCAUCUCUGCAUGGAGACAACGCCGUCCUUGUCAUGCAGCAAUAAAUGCGUCUUUUGCUGGCGUCACGGAACCAACCCUGUUUCUACGACCUGGCGGUGGCAGGUGGAUGAUCCGCAGAUGAUCUUUGACGGCGCGAAAGAGGGUCAUUACAAGAAAAUUAAGAUGAUGCGUGGUGUCCCCGGCGUCCGAAGCGAGCGGUUCGAGGAAGCCAUGCGCAUUCGGCACUGUGCUUUGAGUCUUGUGGGCGAGCCCAUCUUUUACCCUCACAUCAACGAGUUUGUGGGCCUACUCCACGGCGAACAGAUCUCGAGUUUCCUCGUGUGCAACGCUCAGCAUCCACAGCAACUUCGCGAUCUGAGGAGAGUGACGCAGUUGUACGUGAGUAUCGACGCGAGUAACAAGGACAGCCUCCGCAAGAUCGACCGACCGCUUCAUCGAGACUUUUGGGAACGGUUCCAGUCCUGUCUUGAAAUUCUACGCGAGAAGCGAUUCAUUCAACGCACGGUCUUCAGAUUGACCUUGGUCAAAGGAUUCAACAUCGAGGACGAAGCAGAGGGCUACGCUGACCUGGUCGAGAAAGGACUCCCUUGCUUCGUCGAAAUUAAAGGAGUUACGUAUUGCGGAACUUCAACCUCCUCCAAUGCAGGCUUGACGAUGCAGAAUGUCCCGUUCUACGAGGAAGUCGUGGCGUUCGUUGAGGCUCUGGACAGGGCUCUGACGAAACGAGGGCUCGAGUACGGCAUCGCGGCAGAACAUGCUCACAGUUGUUGCAUCUUGCUUGCGAGCAAGAGAUUUUUGAUUGAUGGGAAAUGGAAUACUAUUAUUGACUAUGACAAGUUCUUCAAGUUGUUGGGUGACGGUGUCGAUUUUGCCCCCGAGGAUUAUUGCAAGGAGACGCCGGAGUGGGCACUCUGGGGAAAUGGAGGUUUUGAUCCAAGAGAUGAGAGGGUCGAUAGGAAGGGAAGACCAAAGGAGAAGAAGAUGGUCAAAGAGGCCACGACGACUACGAUGCCACUGGAAGAGAAGCAGAGUUUGGAAUUUUAAAACCAAGUCACGACAAAGUCGUGUAUAGAUUCCUAAAGGAGGACUUGCCUUGGUCAGUCGAGGCAUGAAUUCAACGCCAGUACAUAGUCUGUAUAGUGACAAAUAUCAGGUACUGCG